AGAUGACGUCAGGGCUCCCUUGACCACCACCCGCAUCCCGGUGACGUCACCAGCGCGUGCGCGGUGCACCCCCCACCGCCCCCCCCCCGGCGCGGAGCGGAGGAUGCGGGGCCGCAGCUAAGGCGGCACAUCCGCGUUGAGGAGGAUGGAGGCGCCCUUGGUGAGCCUGGAGGAGGAGUUCGAGGAGGGGCCCGGGGGCGAUGGGGGGACCCUGCAGCGCCCCGCGGACCCCGCGCUGGCGGAGCUGGAGAGCUUCUCGGCCGAGAUGAUGAGCUUCAAGUCGAUGGAGGACCUGGUGCAGGAGUUCGACGAGAAGCUCACCGUCUGCUUCCGCAACUACGACGCUGCCACCGAGGGCCUGGCCCCGGUGCGGGGGCACCUCCAGGCGCAGGAGGAGGAGGAGCGCCUGCAGGAUGAGGAGGUCUGGGAUGCUCUCACUGAUGGCUUUGCCCCCCGGAGCUCCCCCCGGCCAUGGCUCCCUGGCACUGAGGCCCCCGACGGCACCAACCCCCAGCUCGGUGGGAAGGAGGAGGAGGAGGAGGAGGAGGAGGAGCUCACUGAGAGGAGUGAGCAGGACUCGGGCAUCAACGAGGAGCCGCUGCUGACAGCUGAGCAGGUCAUCGAGGAGCUGGAGGAGCUGAUGCAGAGUUCGCCUGACCCUGAGGCUGACCCCGAGGGUGAGGAGGAAGAGGAGGAGGAGGAGGACGAGGAGGAGGAAACUGAGGCUGAUGCUGAAGGCGAAGGAGGUGGCGGGGGCACAGAGCCCAUCCUGCUGCGGGAGCUGCGGGCUUUCUCCCCUGCCCUCAACAACAACUGCUCCCACGAAGGGCUGGGCCGGCUGUCGGCGCGGGAGCUGGCGGCGGCCGCGGGCCGGGCGGAGGCGGCGAGCCGGGCGCUGUCGGCGGAGCUGGUGGCACAGCUGGCACGGCGGGACGAGCUGGCCUUCGAGAAGGAGGUGAAGACGGCGUUCAUCGGGGCCCUGCUGGCCGUGCAGGGCGAGCAGCGGGAGCAGCGAGAAGCCGCCCGGCGCCGCCGCCGGGACAAGGGGCUGAGCCUGCAAGGGGGGCGUCCCGACCGCGGGAACCACAUGCCCCGCAAGCGCUUCAGCAUGGAGGGCAUCUCCAGCAUCCUGCACUCCGGCCUGCGCCAGACUUUUGGUCCUGCCGCCAACGAGAAGCAGUACCUGAACACGGUGAUUCCCUACGAGAAGAAGGGCUCACCACCCUCCGUCGAGGACCUGCAGAUGCUCACCAACAUCCUGUUUGCCAUGAAGGAGGGGAAUGAGAAGGUGCCCACACUGCUCACGGAUUACAUCCUCAAAGUGCUCUGCCCGACCUGACGCGGCGCUGCCCUCACACCCCCACCCCGGCGCCCCCCAAAACGGGGCCAAACCCGAGGAAAACGGGUCGCCCGUGGCCCCCCCCCUGCACUCCUCCCUUUGCACAGCUGGGAAUAAAGGAUUCCUUACAUUAAUUAGGCAA